CUACUGUGGCCUGUGCACUUGCACAGCGGCAGUGAGAUCAGUGGGGUUAGUGUCUAACACGGUGCAGCGCUGACAUCCGCGUUCACGUCCACAUUCUGGGGCUCCACCAUGGGAAACUGCACGUCAGGAUCGAAGAAGAAGAAGAAAGGGGAUUCUGCACAGGACGAUAAAAAGCCCAAUGAGGAUGUAACGUACGCCUCUAUUGAGCACAUUACUGCCAAAAGGUCCACAAGCAACAACCCAAGACCGGCCAAGGCGGCGGCUGAAGAUGAUAACGAGUGCGACUAUGCUGUGGUUCACAUCCCGGCGGCAGCGUGCGAUUCUGACUCUUCGUCUAAAGAAGAGUGUGCGGACGAUUACGUACUCAUGGGAUAAAGCAGCUCUGAAGCGCGGUGUCGGACCGAUAAUAUCGCACCAGGAGAACCAGGCCGAUAUUCUGAUCGCCGCACUGCCGCGUUUCCCCUUGAACUAUUUUAAACUGUCAUUCAAGAAACUCAACGAGUCGUCUCCCCUCGUGAAGGAAGCGCUGGCCUGUACACAACUGUGCUCCUUCAUCAGCAGCACAAAGUGGAAACAUUCCCGUUACUAAUAUCUGGAAAUAGAAAACCAAAGGAGCCCGGAUCUGCUUUUUGGAGCUCGAAGAAGUGAAGAUGCAAACGGACUCCAGGAAACCCAUCACAUCACCAAGUUUAGCUACUGUGUAGUAGCUGUGACCUCUACGGUAGUUACACCACGACCUGAGCCACGCACGCAAAAACCACUGUGUGUUGAAAGUCAAAGUGACUGCAGUGGUUCUGAGGAAUUCAUCGACAAUGGUCACUCACGCAUGAUAAAGUAGGAACUCUAAACAAGGGAGAAGUGUGUGUGUGUGUGUGUGUGUGUGUGUGUGUGUGUGUGUGUGUGUGUGUGUGUGUGUGUGUGUGUGUGCGUGCUGCUGCCUACUACAAAGAGAUAUUUAAGGCUUAGUUAUCGCCAGCACAUAUAUAAUAACAAUAUAAGAUUUAUAAAGUGUAUUGUUUAUGUGUAGUACAUGAAGUAGUGGUAGGUGUACUGUAUAUACUAUACUAUACCUUACUUAGAAGUGGCAGCACAAGGGAAACUUCAGCUGAUGAUGGGGGCUAAAAACUGCUCAGUUCCCUAAUCUCUCCAUCAGCUGCUGUUAGUUACAGCAGAACUCGGAUGACUGACAUUUUAAAGCCACAACCUGCUGAGAGAUCGUUAGCAAGUGCAGAAAAUCCGUCCAGAAAAGUAGGUCUAAAUGCUGUGAGACAGUUCUGAGGGGAAAAUGAUAUCAAGUGUGUAAACCUGUAAUCGGCAGAAGAUCUACUUAGAGCAAACACAUCUGCUGAUGCGUGUGGUGUUAUGAAAGUUUGAUCUGUAUCUUAUUUGUGCAACAGAGGUGGGUGGUGAUAUCCUAAACAACUUUCUGCUGCCGUAUAAACCGCAUUUUAAGAAGCCCAACCUGCAUUUACUAAUUCUUACCAACUCUGAGUAAGUCCUGCUCAUUUCUACGGCUGAACAUGAGAAAAACUGUCCACAGCUGGAAAGAAAACACACGUUUACACGUCUACAAGCCGAUGAUUUAUCACUUUGACUGCAUGAACUCACUGUGGUAGUUGGAGCCAAGUGUGACAUUUGUACCACUGGCCUUUUCAUUGAUUCAGCCUUCAUUCACUUCUUCAUUAUUCCUUCUCUCAUGCUAAUAAGUGAAAUAGCUUAAGUUGUGCAUCAUUAAACUUAAAAUGAACCUGUGAGUAAGAUAUUGGUGGAGAAACCCUGUUCAGAUUACCAUAAACAUGUGUACUGCCCAGAUCACGGUGGUGCUGCGUUCUGUGGGCAGAGGCACACAAAACAUGACAGCUUCCUCUUUUCUAUGACACCCAUGAUCUAUGUGAUGAUAACUACUCUAUGUUGCAGCGAGCCGUGAUGUGAAUGCACAAACUAAUGGGCAUUUGUUUUUCCUUUACUUCCUGUUUAUGAACGUGUAUCAGGCGCAUUAUGAUUUUUUAUUCAGAGUAAAAUUAUAUUUCAAAGCAAAGUAAAAUCAAAUAUGAGAGAUUAUCAAACUCUAAAAACUCCAGUUUUACUGAAGCCAAGUGUGAGGCAUCUGUAGGCAUCUUUAAAGUAUGUAACACAGACCACUGGUGCAUACCCAGACCGUUUGAUUUGGCUGAACUCAACUUAUUGCUCCUACAGUAAAGCUUUAUGGGUCUAUUUUUGUUUGUUUUUUUACAUUAUUCAUACAUAUUAGCAUCUGCCGUGACAAAGGGCGUGAAAGGACAAAAGGUUCUGGUCUCCACCAGCAGGUGGCAGCACACACUUUCCUCUCCUGAACCAUCAGUUUUCACUGAUUUAAACUUAGAAAUUCACUCAUAUGGAUGGAUAGAUUUACCCAAAGUACAGUAUAUUUUACUCUCAUACUGUUUCUUAUAAUCCUGUAGAGCCCAGUUUAUAUUAGACUACUGUGUUUAAAUGGAACUUUAAUAUGUGCAAUUACAUUAUUAUACAUUAACAGGUAAUAUUAAAACUUUACAUACAUUUCCUCAUGUCAGCUGAGUUACUGAAUCAUUUGUAGUCCUGCUGUAUAAGAAUAAAGACGUUAAAUGUA